UCGAAAUGUAGUGUACAAUAAUCACAUGUGGAUUUUAGUUAUUUUCGAAUUGAUACUAUGGUUUGGUAAUUAAUAAUUAUUAAGGAAUAAAAGUUCAAUUAAAGUAGGCUCUGUGAUGACUACAAACGUAAAGCUAUUACCUAUUUAUUCUAUGAAGUAUCACAGACGUCCAGUGGUAACAUAACCUAUCUUACAUUUUGUUUAAACUUGUGUAGUCUAACUUUAAUAUCACGAAAAAUGACAAAUCCAAACGCUGGAGUUUGUGAUAUUAAAAAAGAAUAUAUUGUUCAGAAACCAGAAAAAGUAGUUAAUGUUGAAAAUAAUGAUAGUCACAAACGAAAACUAAACGAGACCAGUGAUACUGACCCAAAGAAAGCACGAAAUAAUGACCAAUCUAAUAAAAAUAAAAAAAGAGGCCAAAACAAGGCAAGACCAAAAACAUUUCAAGACAAUAAGGAAAGUAAACCAUGCCCUAGUAUUGUAAAUGUUAGUUCUAAAGAUGAAAUGAAUCCUUGUCAAUAUUCUACUUGCAAAUAUAUUCACAACCCCCUAGACUAUUUAAAAACCAAAAAAGAGGAUAUUGGAAAAGAAUGCCAUUUGUUUAAUUUGAGAGGUAGAUGCCCCAGAGGAAUAUCAUGUCGUUUUGGUUCUAGUCACAUCACAGAAGAUGGUUUUAAUAUUGUAGAUGAAGUACAAGCUAAAAUAUGGAAGCCAGAUACUAAAAAUACACUACAACAUGACCUUCAAUUAAAAUUGCAAAAAAGAAAAUAUGACUUUAACUUUGCUGAAAAGCUAGUUAAAUGUUUAGAUAAAAGAAAUAAAUCUGAUAAAUCAGAAAAUGAAGGUGAUUUGAAGACUACAGAAGCAAAAAGCUCUGAUAUCAGUAAGAUUGGUGCUAUACUUGAUGAUGAUAUAAUUAAAUUAUUACCAAAAGAAAGAAAACAAAUUGAUUGGAAUAAUAAACUAUACCUCAGCCCACUUACUACUGUAGGGAAUUUACCAUUUAGGAGAAUUUGUAAGGAAUAUGGUGCAGAUAUUACCUGUGGUGAAAUGGCCUUAUGUGAAUCAAUGUUGAAAGGCUUUAAACAAGAAUGGGCACUGGUGAAGAGACACAAGUCUGAGGAUUUAUUUGGGGCUCAAAUAUGUGGGAAUAAUGCUUAUGCAAUAACAAAAGUAGCACAAUUACUGGAAGAAAAUACUGAAUUGGAUUUCAUUGAUUUAAAUCUUGGCUGUCCAAUUGAUUUAAUUUAUAAGAAAGGUGGAGGAAGUGGUAUGAUGCAUAGAAUUCCAGCAUUAGAAGCAUCAGUAAGGAGUGCAUCUAAGUUAUUGAGUAUACCAUUCACUGUAAAAAUUAGGACCGGCGUAUAUCAGGAUAAGAAAAUAGCACACACUAUCAUUCCUAAAGUGGUGGAUUGGGGUGCAUCUCUUGUAACCUUACAUGGUAGAUCCAGAGAAGCUAGAUAUACUAAAUUAGCUGACUGGGAGUACAUUGAAAGCUGUGCCAAAGCUGCUGCACCAUGUCCGCUUUAUGGUAAUGGUGAUAUCCUCAGUUAUGAGGACUACAAGUACCGAAGAGAAAUAGCACCAACUGUUCAGGGUGUGAUGAUUGGUAGAGGUGCUCUUAUAAAACCAUGGAUAUUUACUGAGAUUAAAGAGCAGAAGUUAUGGGAUAUAAGUAGCAAUGAAAGAUUUGAUAAUAUUAGAAGGUUUACAAACUUUGGCUUAGAACAUUGGGGCUCUGAUACUCAAGGAGUUGAAAACACUAGACGCUUUUUACUUGAAUGGUUAUCUUUCUUGUACCGUUAUAUACCUGUUGGCUUGCUAGAGAGACCACCUCAAAAAAUUAAUGAAAGACCACCCACAUACUUUGGACGCAAUGACUUGGAAACUCUUAUGGCCUCUGGUAACUGUGCAGACUGGAUUAAAAUAAGUGAAAUGUUACUGGGUCCAGUUCCAGAGGGAUUUCAAUUUCUUCCGAAACACAAGGCAAAUUCUUAUUAAUGACAAUGUUAUUGUAUAAUACUUGUAUGUUUCUGUUAAAUAAAAAUUAUUGUUACCCAAA